AUGCAGCCCAGCGAGUCUAGUUAGGCUGGGGCAGGGCAGAGCACCACGUCCUGCCUGAGAGAAGGAGGGGAGGAGACUCGCCUGCAGCUGCCUGGCCUAGGUGCGCUGAGAUCUGCCUGUUUAGCAAAAAGCCAUGUUCCAGCCCAGCUGAGCUCCAGCCUGGCAGUCCAUGGGGAGCCCCACUUGGCCCAGGGCCCUGUUGCUGCUGCUCCCCACCGCUUUCAUGCUGACCUGUUUGCCUGCUGCACCCAGGACCCACCUGCCUCUCGACCUCACCACCAACUUUGCCUGCAGAGCUAAAGCGUAUGGGGACCUGUCCACACCACGAUGCCAGCAAGUAUUGAAGGAAGGCCCAGCCCUCUCUGUGCCUACCCUUGCUCUCAGCACAGUUCAGCUAUGCCUGCAUAAAUGCCAGCCGUGUGUGCGUGUUUCCUUGGCUCUGAACGCUACAGGCAUAAAAGGGCUGGAACUGCAUUUCCUGGUUCUGAAUUCUAACCGCUCUGUCCGACUCCAAGUCUUUAGGCGGCACAAGCGACAAGAAGAUUCAGCCACCUUGUGGCAGCUGCAGUUUGACUGUUUCACAGCAGAGAGUGGCCAGUGGGUUGUUGUCUGGCUGAAAACCCUUCCCCACGGGGCUCUGGUUCUCAACCAAAGCCUUCUGGUUAUUAAUGAGAAUUCAGGACCCAAGUUCCACUACACAUGGAUGCCAGCAGCUCGGGUGAUUGAGGUGUCUGUUCCUGAAGGCCCCAAUGUCACUGUGCGUCUCUGCCAUCAGCUGGCUCUGGAGUGUGAAGAACUGAGCCCCCUUUUCCACAAGCAGGCGCUGGUUUCCAGACAUCAACCUGCUGCGCUGCCGUAUGAGUUCCUGCUGCCUUGUUUAUGCAUUGAGGCAUCAUAUGAGCACCGAGACAGCCUGCGCAAGAAGAAGUGCCCCUUUUGGGAUCAGCCGGAAGCUUAUGGUCCAGAGUUGUGGUCCUCAACGCUGAUCGAGGACUACAGCACCAGCAACGAGGCCCAAAUGGCAAUGUCUCUCCGCAGCCGUUGUCUGCUUUAUCCCAAUGCCUCCCUCUGCUGGAAAGAGAGUGCUACUCCAGAAGCAACCUGUUCUGACAUCCCCAAUUCCACAGCCACCAGAGUUAACCAGAUCUACACCUUGGAGGAAGUGGACAUACACCCCCAGCUAUGCUUCAAGUUUUCCUAUGCUAACAGCAGCCACGUUGAGUGCCCAAGCCGGACAGGCCCUGCCUGGAACGUAUCUCUCAGUGUCAGCUUCCUACAGGUCCACUUGCAUUUCCACUCCCGUGUACCAGCCUCCUUCAGUUCAGCCUUAUGUCAGCAGCAGCAGCCGCCUCUGGGCGAGUGUGUGCCAGAACCACCAAUCUAUACCAUCACCCAUCUGGAGGGACGGGGUACAUGGGAUUUGGACCUUAUCCUGCCUUGGCGGAUCUCAAGGAGCUGUGUACUGGUCUGGCGUUCUGAUGUGCGCUUCACUGGCAAACAGCUCCUGUGCCCAGAUAUUUCUCGCAAGUAUUGGGGACUAUUGGCCUUUGGACUGGCCCUAGGACUGGGAUUGCUGGUGGGCAUCAUCCUGCUGAUCCACUGGGGCUUGUGCAGGUUCCGUAGAGAUGCCCCCAGCAGAGGCCACUCCCAUCCCAUCCUGUUGAUCUAUUCCCCUGAUUCAGAGGAACACAAGCAGUUGGUGUGUGCCUUUGCUGCGCUGCUGCGCUCAGCGCUGUGCUGCCCUGUGCUGCUGGACCUCUGGGAACUGAGCCACGUGGGGCGGCUGGGCAUCUUGCCCUGGAUGUACGCCCAGCGAGAACAGGUCAGCCAGCAGCAGGGGCAAGUGCUGGUCCUGUGGAGUGCUGGCAGUGCUUGUGCCUAUGGACUGUGGCAAGGGAAUGCAAGAGCUGGCCCCCUGCUGGCCCCAGAGCCUCAUGACCUGUUUGGGGCAGCCAUGGCCUGCUUGCAAGGUGAACUGCGUGACACAUCAGGGGUUGCCCGACAAAGUGACUGGGUCAUAGCCUAUUUCAGCAAGCUGUGUGGACGACGGGACAUUCCCCAGGCCCUGCGCUAUCUCCCCCGCUACCGCCUGCCUCAGGAACUGCCUGACCUAGUGAGGGUACUGCAGGGCCCUUCCAGUUCAACUCCUGGUUGGUUCCAUGCCAGUGCCAAGUCCUUAGUACGCCGCCUACUCCGGGCUGAGAAGAGGAAAGGCCCACAAAGCCGGCCGCAUCAACCCCGGAGGACAGCCACGAACAGGCUUGCAGGCUCUCUCUUCUCUCUUGCUCAUCCCAAACCACACAGGCCAAAUUGCACUUGAGCAAUCGCUAAGAAAUGUACAUCUAGGGAACAAGCACAGGUGGUUCAGUGGACCUGCCUCACGGAUUGUGCGUGAGUGGCAGGACAUGGGAACAAAGCAGGCCUCAGAAAGGUGUGCUCCAUUAUAGAACCUAAAGUCCAGGUACUUGUAGCCUGCUGCUCCCAAGAUGAAGGCCAACUCAGCCUAGUAUCCUAAGAUAAGAAGAGGCUGCCCUGUAAGCCAGCUGGUCCUGCCCUCGCAUGGUGGCCAUGGCAACUACUGUCAUACCAGUGACAGAGCACUGUAAGAUGAUGCUAGUAGCGUAAAAGCUGGAGAAAAGGUUGGAAAGUUGGUUGUGCGGAAAGAGGGAUUUUUUCAAUAGUUGUAUUGUAUGUACACGGUAGCCAGGUACAAAGACUGUAGGCUGUUUUGGCUCACCGUUUUUUUGGAUCACCAAAAAAUUCUUGAAAGAAAAGGAACACAAUACCUUGUUAUUAGGAGCCAAGUGGCACUUCGAAGGCUAACAAAAUUGAUUUUAGCAUAAGUUAUCAUGAACCAGACCACAUCACAAAAUGGUGGGCAAGCUUUCAAGUUCCUCAGAACUCUUUGGAUAGGAUGUUCCGUACAAUGCAACAAAAGCAUUGGGGGAGAGGAGAUAAAAAUACAUGAUGGGAAAGCUGCAGUCUGCAGCAUACAGAGUCUGGAAUGGAAUGCAAAAGACAUUUCAGGAUGCACCAUGGCUAUUGUGAUAGAGAAGCCAGCAAAAUGGCCAUUCUCUUUGAGAAUAUAAAAGAGAGAGGGCAGAAGGUAAUGCCAGUCACACUGAGCCCAGCUGCUCCUUCCAGUGGUAAGAACCAGGGAAAUGUGCCUACAACUUGAUAGCUGAAUGGGAGAAGGUUGAGACCAUACGUUGUUCUCUCUGACAAACUCCACAAGUCAUAAAUCCCUUUGAUAGCUCCUGUUCGGCUAGAAACAAAGCUAGAAGUGUGGCAAACGGGAGGGUGUCUUCAUUUUACUGUGUGCAUUCCAGAUGUCAGGGCUGGCUCUCACUUGGGGCCCUACGUCUAUUUUUUGUUUAUGUGAUUUUUUUUUUGUUUGGAAUAGGGUAAUAAAAAUAACUUUUUUAAAAAAG